GGAUGUUAAGAGAAGCGGGAGAUUAGAAAGCGUAAUCAGUUUUAGACGUUUUCAGUAUUUUUUUCGUACGAAAUACAAAAGCAAAAUGCUGAAAAAGACACCCAAACUAAAAAGUAUUAUUAGAACUAAAGCGAAAGGCAACGUAAAGUUCGGACCCGCGUCAGAAGCUUUGAUUGAUCUACUGACAGUACUGUUCCUGAACAACCUGGCUGAAGAGGCGAAGGCCAAGGCGUUUGAGGAAAAAUCUGCAACGAUAAGAGGGCAUCACGUUAAAGCAGUCUCCAAGAAAAUAUUAAAAAAGUCACGAGGAUGAAGACGACGAAGAGCACCAUGCCAGUUCCUCUGUUCCUGCUGCUGUUUGGACAUUUACAUUUGAAAUAGUUUUUGUUCUCUUUCCUGCACGCCCAC